AUGGAAAAGGUAGAUAUUUGUAGAAUUUUUGAAUUUAAGACGGUCGUUGUACGGAGUAAAUGAGGUGCUUUUUCUUUAAUUCUCCAGGUCUUUGGAAGACAUGUAGCCAGUGAUCGUAUGGUCAGCGGUGCUUACAAAUCCGAGUACGGAGAUUCAGAUGAAAUCACGCAAUGUCUGAAUGAGGUCGCGGUCAGUUGCACGUAUAUGUAUAUUCGUGUACUUAUAAUAGACGUGAACAAGAAUAGUACACAGAUUUCGUAUGCUGUCAAAGAAAAGUUUAGAAGGCUAUGUUGCGUAUUUGCAACGAAAAGUUAAAAUAAUUUUGACGUACCUUUCAAAAUGACUAUGUUUUAUCGGGGUUUUUUCUAGUUUAUAGUGUUAGCUAACUAAUUGUCAAUGCAUCUGACGGUUCGAAAACAUAAAAUAACAUUGCAAAAAAUUGUCAAUUUUAAUCCAACAAUUCUCAAUGAUUUUUCAAAUUACACUCCAAAAUUUUCUCUGGCGUGCAAUUUUAAAUAUGAAUCUUCAUUUUAGCAUUUUUUAUUGCAUUUUUUAUAUGAUUUGUUUGACGACUGCGAAAUGUAUAUAAGAAAUGUGUAUAAAAAAUGGGGACGAAGUGCCAUGAUGCUAUAUAUUCGCUAGUUUGUAGUGCGUGAGUAGCGUAACAUACAAAGAACACAUUUCAAUUUCGUUUUUUUCAUAAUUUUCAGAAGGGCAUGUGUGUAUAGCGUUAAAAAAUCAAACCAAAACAUGAUACAAUCUUAAAACAAAAAAUCGUAAUUUACGAUAUGUGUACCCCUUCUGUCCCAAUAUAGCCCCUUUCCUACCGUAUGUAAGCCCGUGGAAAGGUGCUCAUCAACGAACAAUGCCCAGCACUAAUAUUCGUAGAAAUUUCUCCUCCUAUAUAGAAAUUUGUAGAGGCUGAAGGACGUCGACCUCGUAUUCUUGUUGCCAAGAUGGGUCAAGAUGGCCAUGAUAGGGGAGCUAAAGUGAUUGCAACUAGUUUUGCCGACUUAGGAUUUGAUGUUGACAUCGGGCCACUAUUUCAGGUUUGUUGCGCUCUACUUUAGUGGGUGAUAUCGAUUAAAUGACUGAAACGAGAAAUUUGUUAGAAAAUAUCGCUUUAUUCCAUGAUGACUUCCGCCCCGCCCUCCAUUUUUAAGCGAAGUUACCAUGCAGUCCUCGAAAUUCUCCACAGUGUUUCAAGGAAACAUUUCAGCUUGCCCUCGCUCGACACGCUCAUGAGAGUAGCAAAAACGAAUUUCUUGAAAAAUAGCUUUUCGUACAGAGGAGCAGCAUAUUGGGACAACAUCCCAAUAAACGUGUUGAAAACCCUAAGAGAGUCAACAAAUUUAAAAUCGGUCCAUCAUCUAUUAAAUAAUCACAUCUUGUAAAUAAGUAAAUAAGUAUAUUUUGUAAAUAAGUAUGAUUUAGUUUAUUAGUUCCGCACGGCCCUUUGAAAAUCACCUAUGUGAAAGGUUACCGUGUUUAAAGAUCGUUAAUAAUAAUAAUAAUUAUCAUCUGAUCUACGCAUGCUUAACCAUGGCCAGAAAUUGCGAACAUGGAUUCUGAGCAUGUGCGAACUUUGACAAACAAAAUGGCGGAUUUGUUAUAUAUAAAUAGCUAUGUCAUUUGCAGACUUUGCGGUAAUAUAAACUAUAUCUGGGCCGUAAACCAGAACAGUUUCGCAUCAAAAUCUUACCUAUAAGCUGUUCCCAUUAUUGAAGUUCACUUCAUAGUACAUCGGCGUACAAUAAAGUAUAGUAAAACUUGAGAAAAUCGUUGAAAACGUUCAUUAUCCGCAUGUAUCCCUCGAAUCCUUCAUGAAAUUUGCAGACUUCUCGUCAUAAAAUAUAUGUUUUCGCCUGCUUGUCUGCAUAAUUUCAUAGUGAUACGAAUUUUUUAACUUGUUCCAAUUUAUGGGAUUAAAUGUUGAUAUUUUACCCAUAAAUACCCUGUCCUUCCAGUGUGGGUUACACAGGAGGAUAGCAAUGUAUUCACAAAAUAUUUUAGUCGUUUACAAUGGCAUCACUUUUUAUCCCAUAUAUAAUAAAUGAAAGGUAUUUAAAAGGCCGACAUACCUAAUAUAUUUAUUUUUCUUUUUUAGUUAAACAAAAAACUAAGCAAAACGUAUUCUUUUUAGUUAAAACGUGCGUUUGUUAGGUAUGAAUAACUUUUCAUAAGAAAAACCGGUGAGAUAUAUUUCGGGCGCAUGUGCUGAAUUUCUGGCCAUGUCUUCAGCAUCACGGUUGUCCUACCAUGAAAGAGAAAGUAGAACGCUGUACAUGAAAUUAAAUAUGUCCAACAUGCAGAGUGCUUGAUAGGUCUGACCGUGCAUGUUUUCCGUUGUUAACGUUAUACAUAUACAAUAUGGUAUUUAUUUUGUGCAGACUCCUGAAGAAGUUGCUCAACAAGCUUGUGAUGCUGAUGUUCAUGUGGUUGGAAUUAGUACCCAGGCUGCUGGACAUAGAACUCUUGUCCCUCAACUGGUAGAAGCCUUGAAAGCAAAGGACAAAAGGUCUGUCUAAAGUUCUCAUUGUGAAAUACAAAUUGCCAGAAACAGUCAAAUAUUAUCCAACAUUCAAUUUAUCUUGAGGUUCACUAACGAAUUUAUCUGAACGUUUUCCCAGAGAUAUUCAACUUUUUGAAACAUGUACAUGUAAAUAAGCUUAGGACGUGACUGAAGUUGCCUGCCAACUAUUCAAAGAAGCGCCAGAAAGCAAUAUUAAAUGUUCAAGUUAUAUAUGUUAGAGAUGAUGACAGUACCACACUUUCAGAACUUGUGAAGCAAACCCCCUAAAAGUCCAAACAUAUUCUGACAUCAUCCACAUAAAAAUAUCUCUAUCUACACAUCUAUACAAUCUGAGCCGACGAAAUAUAUUGCCUAACUGUUCUUUCACAGAAAGUAAUCAACUAUCUUGUUAAAUGUUUUUCAUAGCUGAGUAUCUUUGUUCUGAUGAACACAGUAGAUUAAUGCACGGUUUCGUCCACGUAUUGACCUUUAUGCACCACGGGAGAAACGAGCGUGUUUUGAUACCUUAAUUUCGUCAUUUCGCGGGCGCAAUAAAGUUUCAAAAUGAUUUCCUGAAGGAGCAUCACCGACGAAAAAGAUUACCUCAUUUGGUUGCUGUUUAUCUUUUCUCAAUGCAUGUACUGCCAAAAUUUUUAACGUCAUAUAUUUACUCCAUCAAACAUAUGGAUGUAUUUAAUAUGAUUCAAGAUAGGCCGUUUGCUGCAUCCCGAUAUCGUUCACUUUCAUUUCCCAUGUCUUGGAAUUGAAAUAUUUUUACGGGAACUUACACUUUCGAACAUGCUGAGUUCAAAUCCGAAAAGUUCCCACUCUAGAGACCCGCAGUUUUUUUCAUCAACUGCUAUAUAAUCUUCACUAAUUUCACGACAAAGUUUUUCAUUGUUCACCAACACGGAUGGAUGACCACACACGAUUAUGUCACUCAAAAGAACCAAUUUCUAUUAACAAAUCUUCCUUUUAACAAUAGACCGUUUUCCUCGAAUUAUUUUGGGUUAUGUAAUCUUAUGCGUGUUGGACGUACACAACAUAUAUUGUCUACAAUUUUGAGAAGGUAUUGUACAGAUAACGCUUUCUAGAAUCUUCAGUUCCAGUGAUAUCUCUCUAAAAUCACAAGGUCGUUAAUGCUAAGUGUAGGCUAUGUCACUGUCCUGAAAAAUAACUCUUUUAACGCGAUCAAGGUAUUUAAAACAAAACUAACGCGAAGCCAACGUGACGGAAAAGACAACGCUACAAUGAAAUAUUGUCGUUGGCUUGGUUGUAGAAGACUUAUGACAGGAUCAAUCUUAAAUAACCUUAAACUGUAGAUAAAUAAAUGUUCACAUCAACUGAACAAAGAUCAGUGCCAAAGUAUAAAAUCUGCUCUGUAAACUUACGACGAAGUGGAGAAAUGUGUGCUUGAGCUGUUUAUUUGGUGAUUUCAACGUAUAUGGUAGCCCUAUUCCCAAUAAUAUUCGCUUAUCGCGCAGAAUAACACCAACUGAUAUAAUAGUUCAAAUGCAAUGAUAAGUUACCUCUUGAAUUACGUCUCAGAAACUGUGUUGGAAAUUUGAAUGCUGACCCGUUACAUAAGAUUACCGUUUUACAUCAUGGUAUAAAACAUUUUGAUCGCAUGUAAGGAAUUAUUUCUUAGCCCAAAGACUUCACCUUAACGUCCUUGUGAUUUUAUAGAGAUAGAGCCAGAACUGAGGAUUUUAUAGAAAGCGAUAUCGGCACCUUCCCAAAGUUGUAGACAAGAUAUGUUGUUUACGUCCAACGCGCUUAAAAUUACAUAACUCGAAAUAAUCCAAGCAAAACGGUCUUUUGUUAAAUGUAGAGACUGGUUCACAGGAAUGAUUCAUGUUGAGUUGUGCAAUCGUGUGUCUUCAUCCAUCCGUGUCGUUGAACAAUGAAAAAAUUUGUCGUGAAAUUAGUGAAGAUAAAAUAGCAGUUUGUGAGAAAACUGCAGGUCUAUGGAGCGGGAAAUUUCCAAUUUGAACUCAGCGUGUUUGAAAGUGUUAGUUACCGUAAAAAUAUUUUAGUUCCAAGGGAUGGGAAAUGAAAAUCGUUUUCUAGCCACUUUUCGAGGUCACAGCAAACGGCCUGAGACAGAAUAAAACGUAAUCAGCAUUAAUGUUAACCUGUCUAACUGCAAAGCAUUGUGCUUAAUGUAUACCGAGGAAUUAGGACACCAAUAAUUUCUUUUAAAACCUGACAUUAAUUAUUUACAGCAAUAUACUCGUGGUUUGUGGUGGAGUAAUUCCGCCGCAAGAUUAUGAUUUUCUCUUUGAGAAAGGCGUUGCUGCUGUUUUCGGGCGAG